UGGCCGCAGCGGUCUCAUCCACACAGCCAAUCACAGACGGCAGCCCCUGCACUGGGGGGGCGUGUGCCGUUAACUGCGCAUGCUCAGUUGGAAGAACAGACUGUUGAUAGACUGAAUAGAGAGACUGACUGAUCACAAGCUAGGGAACAAAAUAAUGCAGAUGUCUCGGCAAUAAAGAAACCACAAUGGAGUGUGCAGGAGAAGACCAGCUUAGCUUUGCUUUACUGGAUUGUGUUUUGGAUAUGUUCCCAGGACAUUCAGAAUGUCAACAGAUUAUUAAUGACAUAGAUAAAAAGCUAAAAGAAAAUGCCCAAAGUAUUGAAAAGUGUUUGGAAGGCCAAAAUAGCCCUGGUGAUACACUACAAAACAGUGUGGACUGCUUUCAUUGGCAGAAUAACACAUCAUCCUGGAGAUUGCGUGAUACUCCUCAUCCUGAAGUGAUGAUAUUCCUCAAGACUUUGCAACAUUUUCUAAAGAACUUUGAAAAUCAGGAAGACUUGAUUCUUCAGUUUCUAAUGGACCUUCACAGUCAGUGUGGCAUAACCUUUCCUUCAUCUCCAAGUGGCAGCUCUUUUCAGUGCACCUCUCAGACCUCGCUACAUGCCAUUGACGAUGAUUCCUCCAUGGAUCUUCAGGCUUUGUGGGAUGAUAUAAGAUUGCAUUUACGACGCCAUCUAGUUGGAAAAUUGCAGAACGGUUUUGACACCUCUAAUAGUCAAGCAAGGAUAAAUUUUAAAGCCCAAUGCUUGAAGCGCCUUCUUUUUUUGUAUCCUGAAUCAGAUGUCCUUGUCAAAUAUCAAAAUAUCCAACAGAGUUUUGUUGUUGAACUUCUCCAUGACUUUAGUGAAAGGAAGAUAGAAAGUGUACUUGGGGCAUACCAGGCAGCUAUUCCCAGGGUGUACACCUUGAUAAAAGAAGAUUUGUUUGUGUUAAGCCAUGUUAUAGACUCUUCAUCAAUAAUUAAGUUUAUCAAUGAGACUUUCUUUGAAGCUAUCAUUGAGGAGAUGAAAACAUUCUUUGAUAUACUUUAUGAAUCCGGCACAGAAGAGCAGGGUCUCCAGCCAGCAAAGCUAAACAAGAAAAAGCACAAACAGAGGGUGCAUGCCCUUGUUCUGAAUACAGAGGAUCGGCAGAAAAAAGCUUUUGAUACCCCCCUACAGCUGAGUCAGCUCAGAUCCUUGUCAACCUUCAUUAGCCUUUUUUUGUGGCUUGAAAAUAAAGUAGAGAAGACAACUUCUGAAAUCCUGUUUCUUUCCUGUUACCCAGAAAUAAAGGGGAAUGUACAAGGAAAUCGGAGGAUGGAUUCCAAUGAUGACAGUACUAGAGAAAACAUUAUUCUGGAUGAGAGUUCCUUACUAAUGAAAGAAAUGCCUACCUUGAAAUUUGGUUGGAGGGACAACCUUAAAGAACUGUCUGUUUCCCUGUUGCCUAGUAUGAGUGUUGAAUUGGAAAUGGUGACCACUUCUGUUCUGCACAGAGAUCAUGCAGAACUAUUUUCUACAAUAAGGUCCCAAAUGGACCUUGCCUACGUUUCCAAGACCUAUGAGCACUAUGGAUGCAUAUUGGAAAAACAGAGGCCAAAAAGGGUUGCAAAGUUUUGCUUUGACAUAAUGGAAAAAUUUGACGGACUGUUCCCACUGGCUUUGGCGUGCUCAUCUGAUUCACUACAGAGCGUACGAACUUGCUUUGUAGAUGUGUUUAGCAAAGCUGCAUCUUCCAUUCUUUCUAAACUCGAAGAAUGGAGUUCACAAAUACCAGACAAAGCUCCUGUAAAGACAGCCCUUGUUGCCCUGUCCUCUGCGGCCCACGUCUUGUAUCAUGCAUCACACUAUAAUGAGCAGAUAAGCAAGAGACCCUUGUUUCUAGCAGUUGUCCAGCGAUAUCAGGAAUUUAUCAGCGAUCUCCAAAUUCAAGUGACAAAUUACUGUGUCAAUGUCUGUGCUACAAGCCUUUUCCUGGAUGCAGAGAGUCACCACUGGGACGACAACAAAGCUUUUUAUGAGGAGGAACGUUGUUCAUUUUCCAUCCAGAUGUGGCAUUACUUCUGCAGUGGCCUCCGCCAUGAUCUUUGGACCAUUGUACCACCAUUUCAUGGACACAAGAUUUUUUCUGAAGUUCUGGAGCAAACAUUAGCUCUACUGACCUUCAGAUACUCCCAAGUUCACCCUAACUACAAACGGGCAUCACAAAUACGAACUGAUGUCCUGGCUGUCCUAUCUUGUGUAGAAAACUUUCUGUGGUCAGUAUGUACCAGUGCUCAAGAACUUGUACCAACACAUAAUCCUAACAGCGUGGUCUUUAAGAUACACAAUCACUGUAACAGCCUACUCACAACCAUGGUCGUAUUAUCCGCUCCUCUGGAUCAGUUGAUGCAGACUAUCAAGAAGAAUUUGGCAGAGUUUCAUUCACAUUCUUCAGAACCAGCAUCAGAAGACUUUUUAUGCUUUCUCAGUUUUCUUAAUCCAAACUGUUUCCCUUCUUUGUCUAAAACUCCAUCAGCAGGAGAAAUGGCAGUCCAGGGUCAGCUCAAACUGCUCUUAUCCCAACCAUGCUGUAAUUGGAACUUGCUCCUCGAAACACUGCUGCAUCCUGAUUGUCUCAUUGCUAGAACUUUGCUGACUUGCUCAAUGGAGGCUCAGAAAACACAAGAUUUCAACUUGUUAAUGCUGGAAGAUGACGAUAGCAAGGACAUUAGCGUAUCAGAAAUCAUCCUGUGGGUGUUCUCUUAUUGUUCUUUAUCACUUCACUCUUUUACUAACCUGCUGGAGAAUUAUAUGGACCAGGAGCAACUUUGGGAUUCCCUAUGUAGCCAAACAGUGCAUAGCAGCAGAAAUACAGUGCUCAUAUAUCUGCGAAGAACCUUAAUACGAUCAUUGAGAGGCUUGGUGAACCAGGUUACGUCAUUCAUCAGCUCCAGUGAGCCCACCAAUCAUUCUUUCUCCAGUUCACAUCAUCAUCAUUUUCCGGAUGACUUGCUUAAAGCCUUACCGGAAAAAUGGAAUUUUACCAACCAAAAAAAGUCCAAAAAAUUGCACAAAAACGUUACAAGAUUGACAGCUGAAGCAGUCUCCAUUGUGAUCAGCAAGCUACCUUCAGUAAUUGCGUGCCUGCCUCCCCCAAUAAAGUAUUUCUACUCAUUCUCCGAGAGAAAAUUAUCAGAGCAGUCCUCUGUAUGUAAAGAUACAGGUAUGGUCGUAUGGAACUUAAUUAGUAUUAUUUGCCAUAUACUAGAAGAUGGAAAUGCCAUAGAACAAAUGACAGGUACCACGUUGUCUCGCUGGAGCAAUGAGAGGCUUGCUACUGUGUGUCGAUGCUUAGAAAAGACCAUUGGAUUAAAGGCCAAGGACAGCAAGGAUGAUACACAAAGUAUAUUUGAAGACAUUGAAAGACACCAACCAAAGUGGAUUGAAAACCAGUUAAGAAAAGCCAAAGUUCUAAGCUCGGUCAGUGACUUUGCGAUGCAAGAAGACAGUUCAGUAUUAAAAGACCAAGGCAGCAGGCUCGAUCUGACUGAGCAGAAAAUAAACAUGAUGGUACUGGAUAUCUGCCACAAACCAGGUGGCAGCGAGUACCUGAGGCAAAUUCAUCACAUCAUCCAGCUCAAUGAGGAUUACCUAUUUGAAAUGCUGUCUUCUCAACAGUCUGAAAGUACAACCUGCUUAAAGGCAUUUCAGCUGACCUCCACCACUGAAGACCAGCUUUCACCUUUCAACCCUCUGCAAAAGUUUUUAUUACCCAGUGCAAAUAUACUGAGUGAGCAGGCUAAACCAAUGGAAGAGAGCUGGGAUUGGUCAAAGUUGUUACCGUUCUGUUUGGGGGUGAAUCCUGUGACCUUGGGAGAACUUCUGCUGCACAGGUGGGAAACCAAAGAUGUAGGAAGUCUUACAGAAGCGGAAAAGAACUUGAUGGAACAGUUGAAAGAAUUGAUACAAUGCAGAGACAAGCCAUCCUCAAGACAUUGAUGGAGAACUCAACAAAUUCAUACAUGAAGAUUGAUUAAGAAACUCCACAAGACAGAAGAGCUGAUAAAUAUGUAACAAUGAAUAAACUCAUUUUGUUGUCCAUAAAGAAAUUCCAAUAGAGCAGGUAUAACCCUGCUGCCUCUAGUUGAGCUAUCAGUACUCGUAAUGUUUUACUUUUCACUAACAUUUUUGAUCUUUUACAAUGGGCAAUGUGCCAGUUUGAUGUAAACAUAAUAAAAAAUAUUUUU